AUGGCGGAGCGGAGAAUCUCCUAUGCUCCCGACGUGGAGAAUGGCGACCAUGGUGCUAGCCUCGAUGAGUAUGCCGCUCUCAACCGUUAUAUCUCGACCGCUCGCGACAAGCGCCGUGGCUCGACCUCGUCUGCUGGUGCUAUGAGCACCAAGAAGCCCAAGAAGAGCUGGCAAUUCUGGAAGAAGGGAGGCGAUGGCGUUGAGGAAGGUUUCGUCUGCCCCGAUGAGUGGCUCGAGACCGACUUGCGUGCUGGUCUCCGCGGCGCUGAUAUUGAGGCUCGUCGCAAGCGCACUGGCUGGAACGAACUGACUACUGAGAAGACCAACUUCUUCGUUCAGUUCAUUGGUUACUUCCGUGGUCCUAUUCUCUACGUUAUGGAACUUGCUGUUUUGCUUGCUGCUGGUCUGCGUGACUGGAUCGAUUUGGGUGUCAUUAUUGGUAUUCUUAUGCUUAACGCUGUUGUCGGUUGGUAUCAGGAAAAGCAGGCCGCCGACGUUGUUGCUUCGCUGAAGGGUGAUAUUGCCAUGAAGGCUAUUGUUAUUCGUGAUGGACAAGAGCAGGAGAUCCUCGCUCGUGAGCUUGUUACUGGUGAUAUCGUCGUUGUUGAGGAAGGUACCGUCGUUCCUGCCGAUGUCCGUCUUAUCUGUGACUACACCAAGCCCGAGAACUUCGAGACCUACAAGGAAUACCUCGCCACCCGCAACGACGACACUCUCAAGGAGAAGGAUGACGAGGAUGACGACACUGGCAUUGAGGCCCGUGCUGGCGUCUCUCUGGUCGCUGUUGACCAGUCCGCCAUCACUGGUGAAUCUCUUGCUGUCGACAAGUACAUGGCUGACACUUGCUACUACACCACUGGUUGCAAGCGUGGUAAGGCCUACGGUAUUGUUAUCGCUACCGCCAAGCAGUCUUUCGUCGGUAAGACCGCUGCUCUCGUCCAGGGUGCCUCUGAUUCCGGUCACUUCAAGGCUGUCAUGGACAACAUUGGUACCUCUCUCCUGGUCCUCGUCAUGUUCUGGAUUCUCGCUGCCUGGAUCGGUGGUUUCUACCGUCACCUGAAGAUCGCCACUCCUGAGGAGGAGGACAACAACUUGCUCCACUGGACUCUUAUUCUCCUUAUCAUUGGUGUCCCCGUCGGUCUCCCCGUCGUCACCACCACCACUCUCGCUGUCGGUGCCGCCUACCUGGCUGAGCAGAAGGCUAUCGUCCAGAAGCUCACUGCUAUCGAAUCUCUUGCUGGUGUUGACAUCCUGUGCUCUGACAAGACUGGUACUCUUACUGCCAACCAGCUCUCCAUUCGUGAGCCCUACGUCAACGAGGGUGUUGAUGUUAACUGGAUGAUGGCUGUCGCUGCUAUUGCCUCCAACCACAACGUCAAGAACCUCGACCCCAUCGACAAGGUUACCAUCCUUACUCUCCGUCGUUACCCCAAGGCCCGUGAGAUCCUCGCUCGCAACUGGGUUACCGAGAAGUACACUCCCUUCGACCCCGUCUCCAAGCGUAUCACCACCAUCUGUACCUGCGACGGUGUCCGCUACGUCUGUGCUAAGGGUGCUCCCAAGGCUAUCCUCAACAUGUCUGAGUGCUCCGAGGAGGAGGCCGCCAAGUUCCGUGAGAAGUCUGCUGAGUUCGCCCGCCGUGGUUUCCGUUCCCUUGGUGUUGCCGUCCAGAAGGAGGGCGAGCCCUGGCAGCUUCUGGGCAUGUACCCCAUGUUCGAUCCCCCUCGUGAGGAUACUGCCCACACCAUCGCUGAGGCCCAGCACCUUGGUCUUUCCGUUAAGAUGUUGACUGGUGAUGCUCUUGCCAUUGCUAAGGAAACUUGCAAGAUGCUUGCCCUGAGCACCAAGGUCUACGACUCCGAGCGUCUUAUCCACGGUGGUCUUGCUGGCUCUGCUCAGUACGACCUUGUUGAGAAGGCUGACGGUUUCGCUGAGGUCUUCCCCGAGCACAAGUACCAGGUCGUCGAGAUGCUUCAGCAGCGUGGCCACUUGACUGCCAUGACUGGUGACGGUGUUAACGAUGCUCCUUCCCUCAAGAAGGCUGACUGUGGUAUCGCUGUCGAGGGUUCCACUGAAGCCGCCCAGGCCGCCGCUGAUAUUGUCUUCCUUGCCCCUGGUCUCUCCACCAUCGUCGAUGCUAUCAAGCUUGCUCGUCAGAUUUUCCAGCGUAUGAAGGCUUACAUUCAGUACCGUAUUGCUCUGUGUCUCCAUCUUGAGAUUUACCUCGUUACCUCCAUGAUCAUCAUUGAGGAGACCAUCCGUGCUGAUCUUAUUGUCUUCAUCGCCCUCUUCGCUGAUUUGGCCACCAUUGCUAUUGCCUACGAUAACGCCCACUUCGAGCAGCGUCCUGUCGAGUGGCAGCUCCCCAAGAUCUGGGUUAUCUCCGUCAUUCUUGGUAUCUUGCUUGCUGCUGCUACCUGGAUCAUCCGUGCUUCUCUCUUCCUUGCCAACGGUGGUAUCAUCCAGAACUUCGGUUCUCCUCAGGAAAUCCUCUUCCUUGAGGUUGCCCUUACUGAGAACUGGCUGAUCUUCGUUACUCGUGGUGGUAAGACCUGGCCCUCUUGGCAGCUGGUCGGUGCUAUCUUCGUUGUCGAUGUCCUCUCCACCCUCUUCUGUGUGUUCGGCUGGCUCUCCGGCGACUAUGUGCAGACCAAGCCCCCUAGCCAGGCUGAGUUCUCCGUCAACGGUGAUGUCGACAUUGUCACAGUUGUUGUCAUCUGGGCUUACUCCAUCGGUGUCACCAUCAUCAUUGCUGUCGUCUACUACCUCCUUACCAUCAUCCCCGGUCUUGACAACCUUGGCCGCAAGAACCGUUCCAAGGCUGAUACCAAGAUCGAGAACAUGCUCAGCCACCUCUCCAAGCUGGCUAUCGAGCAUGAGGUCGACGCUAACGGCAAGUCCCGCUACAUGCUGGGUGCCCGUGCUGAGGUCGAGGAGGAUGAGUAA